AAAAAACAAAGCAAAAACCAACACCAGGGAAGCACAUAGCCAAUCGAACAAGAUCCUCAACGAAGAACAACAACCCAAAGACAAGGUCGAAAACAGUUGCAACUCUGCGCUGAUUAUGGCAUCCGAGGAACAGGAAGAAACAGAAGGCCCGGUUAUGGCCUCUCCCGACGCCUUUGUCUACAAGGGACAGGAGCUUUCGCCCGACGACAAGAAAUCCAUUGUUCAUGUGGUCGUCGAUUCCACGCUGGUGGUGAUUCCCGAAACGGCUUUCAAGGAAUGCUUUUUGCUGACGUCCAUUGUCAUCCCAGAAGGAAUCAAAAGGAUUGGCGACAAGGCCUUCUCCGGAUGCGAAUCGCUGUCGUCUAUUGAUAUCCCGGUGGGCCUGGAAUCGAUCGGCGUUCAUGCUUUCUUUGGUUGCCAAUCACUAACCUCCAUCAACAUCCCAAAAAGCGUAACAACAAUUUGCGAUUUUGCCUUCUGUAAAUGCUCAUCGCUCAAGUCGAUUGCUAUCCCAGAGGGUGUGGAAACGAUUCCAGAAGGUGCUUUCUUUCGAUGCGAAGAGCUUUCAUCCAUUCACAUCCCAAAAGGUGUAAAAUCGAUCGGUCGUGGUGCUUUCGCUGGAUGCUACUGGCUGUCUUCGAUUGGCAUCCCGAAAGGUGUAACUAGCAUUGGAAAACGUGCAUUCAAGGGCUGCGAAUCGUUGACGUCUAUUUAUAUUCCAUCCGGUGUGAAAGAAAUUGGAAGUGGUGCUUUCUCUGGAUGCCUUCAGCUUCUCGUGGUAGCAAUCCCCAAAGGCACAAAAGAUAUCGAUAGUUCCACGUUUGAGGGUUGCAAGAAGCUGCGCCGUUUUUCAAUCUCCCACGAAACCCCCGAUGAAAUUGAAGGCGAUAAUGCUACGGUUCGAACCGAAGGUGAUGCUUCUACGGUUCGCAACAUUGCCGACCGUCUACAUUUGCGUUUCAAAGACCUCCCAUUGCACCUUGCGUGCUAUCGUGCAAACGGACAAAACAUCGAAGCUCUCACAGCAUCUUUGCCGAAGGAAGACGCACGAAAGACCGAUAUGUACAACCUUACCCCGCUCCACAUCCUGGCAGGAAACCCAAAUGCAUCGGAACGAAUGAUUCGAAACGUUGUAGAGAAGUGCCCAGAUGCUGUGACAAGAAUUGAUAACGCCCUAGGCAUGUCGCCUCUCCACUUUGCAUCGAUCAAUCCUGGCAACAAUGUUGUUAAGAUCAUCUCUAACAUGAUGGAGAAUAAGGCACCAGAAACCGGAAAGCUCUCAUGCACGUUACGAAGCAAGGACUUGAAGACACCAACCAUUCUUUCCAUUCUCCACAAUUAUGAAAAUGAGGAAGCUCAACGGCUCCUUUACAAAUGCCAGCCAUGCUCCGAAUCACAGUUUGCAGAGCGAUCCCACAAGAACCGAGUGAAUUCAUUGGAGCAAUGGUAUGUGAAUGAAUGCAUCCCAUCACUGACAUCCGAAAACCUCCAGGUUUCGCCGCAAACCCAAAACGGUUGGGUAUACUUUGUUAGCAACGUAUCCAAUCCUGACAGCAUCAAUUCUAUCUGCAAAUUCUUUGAGCACUGUCCAGAGCAGCUUCUCAAAGACCUUAGAAGCGCAAAGGAUGACGAGGGCAAAGAAGCAAUUGAUGUUGCUGUGCACGGCAUCAAAGCAGCCUUCAACAAACGACUCUACUUUUUGGGCAGGUAUGAAAUUAUUGGCGGACCAGCCAUUCACAAAUCUGAAGUUUGCAUCGUGAUUGGAGCGAUUGAUAUGGACUGCGAUGGCAUGUCACUCAACAGCGACGAGGAUCGGAAGGUUGCCAUCAAAUUCGUAAAGGACGAGAAGCAAUUUCUCACAGAGAUUUCGUUCCGUGAGGACCUUCAAAAGAACUCGGGCAAAGUGGAGAAAGGAGAGCAGGCAGUGAUUAGUAUUAAUGAAUCCUACAAUGCAACAGAAAAUGAAGAGUUCAAAUCUGCGAUGCAAUCAUUGCCGAUUCCUGGAUCCAACGAAGACGAGAAGAUGUUCGAUCACUUCAAAUACGCCAUUGUGAUGCCCUUUGCUGACCGCAACCUCGACACGAUCGCUAGGAGUGAACAACUUGAUCCAAUGACGAUUCGCUCGGAUCUACAUCAAAUUGCAAAGAAGCUCCAAAUCUUGCAUCAAUGCAACACCAUCCAUUGCAACCUCAAGAUGCAAAAUAUUGUUAGAAGGGGAGAAAAUUUAUUCCUUACUGAUUUUGAUGGCUCCGCAAAGGUCAAACACGGAAAUGCAGAAACGGAGCUUGCAAAGUUUUUUGUCGGGAAGAAGUUCUCAUCUGGUAUACUUCCCCCAGAGAUGGUUUACAACUUCAAAAAUUCAGAAGAGUUGAACCAAUUUGAAGCCUACUACAAACAUUUGGAUGCGAAAAGCUUGAAAUGGAAAGGAAUCAAGCACCAAACGCCCAGGGCAACCAAUGAUUAUUAUUGUUUGAAGACUUUCGACACAGAGAUGAAAGAAGGAAAUCCGGACAUCGACACAGGUAAGGUGGACGCAGUGGAAAGCGUGAAGGAGGGUUUACCAUACGAUCCAGUGGUAGCUACAGAAGCAAUCGAUCUGUGGUCAUUAGGAACAAUUCUGUAUUUUCUGUGCACAAAACGCUCCUUGUUUCGUGUUGAUACGAAUGAUAACUUGGCCGAUGGUGAUGCCAUGGAACAACUGUACUACUGGAACGAUGAGACAAAGAUGAAAAGGGUGAAUUCGAAAGACAUCAUAGAUCCCGGAGCAAAGAAGAUUCUGCUCAAGCUCCUAUCAAGAGAACCAGGCGAUAGGGGAACCCUAGAAGAGUUGCUAAAUGAACCAUUUUUUGGCAAACUGUCCGCAGAGGAAGUUAUGGAGGAGAUACAGAAUGCGAAGGAAAAUGCUGUCGAGGAUACAAAGGUGAUCAUUAACGCUACAAAUGCUGCUGACGAGGCACAAACGUUUGUCUGUCCAACGACUUUCGUUGUUUUGAAAGAAAAGCUCCCCCCUUACGACAGCGAUCAAAUGAUCGCAAAUCGGUGCAAGGAAAUGUGCGAAUUGGUCGGUGCUGUGGGUGAUAUGACGGAAGCAGCCGAUGCCAUUCCCAAACAGGAGCCGGAUGCUUUGUUUGAAACCAUGAAAGGAAAAUUGAAGGAUGUCGUCACGGACGACUCGAAAACAAUGUAUUUUUAUCUCGUCGAUGAAUUGACAGGCAAGCCUGUUACUGGUGGAAAGUAUCCAAUUGAAAUCACCAAUCCGGCAGAAGUGGUUCCGACGUUGCUCCCGUACAUCAAAGUUGGUAUGACCUCAAUGGCCGUCUACGACGGCACCGCAGGUGUCCUUGGAUUGUUUGGUCUGAGUGCUCCUCAAGUUUCAACGAAAACCCAGAGCAAGCUCGGAAAGUCGAUCGAUAUUCUCAAGCAAAAAAGCUCCAACGCGACGGAAGGGGAUGAUGAUGCUUCCAGUGGUGCUCGAGGCGAGAGCCUUCGGGGCGAAAGUCUUCGGCAGCUCGAAGGUUUUUUCAAGUCGGAAGACCCCGAACAAAAUUACGCAGGCCUCCACCGCAUCUUGGACAGGGAAGGUAUUGCGUGUUGGACUGCCGUUCACGGCCUAGAGAAAGAGCUCCUCCUCGAAAAACGGCAGUCGAGUCGACGCAUUGUGCGUAUGGCAGAAGAGCACCAACUGGAGAUUGAAGAAUGGCGGGAAAAUCAAAUCCAGGAAGCCAAGAACCAGGAGAAGGAGCUCGAGGAACAAUACAAGCGGCACGAAUUGGAGAUAGAAAAAUGUCAACAGGAGCACGAGGACGAAAAGCAGAAACACGAAUUGGAGAUGGAAGAGCGGGAAAACGAAAUCCAGGAAAUGAGAACAAGGGAGAAGAAACUAGAGGAGGAAAUGAGAACAAUGGAGAAGAAACUAGAGGAUGAAAAGAUAGAAUAUGAAAUGGAGAUGAUUAAACGGGAAAGCAAAAUCCAGGAAUUGACAAUGAAGGAGAAGAAGCUCGAGGAUAAAAAGAAAGAGCUCGAAUUCGAGUUGCAAAAGCAGGAGCAGAAUUUGAAAGACGAAAAGAAAGAGCAUGAAUUGGAGAUGAGAAAGCGGGAUCUCGAAGUCCAGGAAAUGAAAGUGCAUGAGAUGAAGCUAGAGAACGAAAAGAAAGAUCUCGAACUCGAGAUGCUAAAACAGGAGAAGAAGUACGAGGACGAAAAGAAAGCGCUGCAAGACCAAAUCAGACAACUGAGUGAACAAGAUUCUUCUCGUUGGUGCGCACCGCGAUCGAAGACGAGUUAAUCCAGUACUUUUCUGUGUGAGUACCAUAGUCCAAGCUCCUCAUGGCAAUUUCACUACUUGUUCUUUGUUUCGAACAAUGUGAGGGCGGAAGAGCCGUGUCUCGCUUCGGGAUCCAUCGGUCUUCUUCUUUGUUCUCGCCACGGGGCGAUGUAAAUGUUUGGAAUUUAUCCUCUGAAAAAAAAUGUAAUUCUAGUAG